UAUAAUUCAAAUUCUGCUCGUUAAGAGACGCCUUCUCUCUCUCAUGGCCUACCAAGAACACCCAGAACUUCGAACAAAUUCUUCUUGUCAAGAUCUCCAAAUGGGAGUCUGUGUUUCUGUGUAUCGGAUGGUCCAGCGGAACUAACGGCUGGUAACUCUCUUCCUGUCACUAGCCAAACGCUCCCUUUCUUUCCUCUGAGUUGGGCUUUCCAACCCAUUCUCUCCUGUCAACUUCUCUUCUGGAUCUCUUCAAGCACUUGUUUGUCCCUUAUUGUAGAAUUGCUCUUUCUCUCUCUCUCUCUUUGUGUCUGUUUCUCAUAGUUCCCGUCCUGUGUAAUUUCUUCGUCCAUUCUUCCCCAAAAUCUAUGUUGGGAAAAUGCACACUCCCAACUGGACAGAACGAACAGUUUCUGGACUCGAGAUGGUGACAAACCAAGUUUCGUUCUCUAAGUUUCUCUUUCAUUUUGUAGAAAACCAGUUUUAUUUUCUGUAGCACAGCCACCUUGAUCUAUGAUGAAUUGUUGCUGAGGAGAUAGGCCUCGGUUGGUCUUCUAAACAAAUAAGGAGGGAUCGAGGUUUGGAGUUUGUGAAGCCAUGAGAGGGGGAGAACGCAUGAACUGCUUCCCAUGUUUGAGCCUGAGACAUGGCCAUAGAAAAUCAUCGAAGAAAGGGCGACGAAAUCAAGUGGUUUCAGUUGCCACGUUAGUGAAGAAUACUCAUACCAGAUAUGGCGGUGCUGCAGAGAAGGGUCUCACAGACGAGGUACUCAGAAUCGGAAAUGAACAAGUUGCUGCAACUACGUUCACAUUCCGUGAGUUAGCAGCAGCAACUAAAAACUUCAGGUCUGACUGUCUUCUUGGUGAAGGCGGAUUUGGAAGAGUCUACAAGGGUUAUCUUCAGACCACUGGUCAAGAUGUGGCUGUGAAGCAACUCGAUAGGAAUGGAUUGCAAGGAAACAGAGAAUUCCUCGUUGAAGUUCUGAUGCUUAGCAUGCUUCACCAUCCAAAUCUUGUCAAACUUAUAGGAUAUUGUUCAGAUGGAAAUCAAAGGCUUCUGGUAUAUGAAUACAUGCCAUUUCGAUCUUUGGAGGAUCAUCUUUUCAAUGUUCCACCAGAUAAGGAGCCUCUAGACUGGAACAUACGGAUGAGAAUAGCAGAGGGCGCUGCCAAGGGUUUGGAGUAUUUGCAUGACCAGGCCAAUCCUCCAGUAAUCUAUCGUGACUUUAAAGCAGCGAAUAUUUUACUGGAUGAAAAUUAUCAUCCAAAACUCUCUGACUUUGGAUUAGCUAAACUUGGUCCAAUUGGUGAGAAUAGUCAUGUCUCAACAAGGGUGAUGGGAACAUAUGGCUACUGUGCGCCAGAGUAUGCAAGGACUGGGCAGUUGACAAACAAAUCUGAUGUUUACAGCUUCGGUGUUGUGCUUCUUGAGAUAAUCACAGGACGGAGAGCCAUUGACAAUUCAAGACCACCAAAGGAGCAGAAUCUUGUUACUUGGGCCCAACCAUAUUUUAAAGAGAGGAAAAUGUAUGCUCAAAUUGUUGAUCCCCUGCUACAAGGAAGAUUUCCAAUCAAGGGUCUCCAUCAAGCUGUUGCUGUUGCUGCCAUGUGUCUCCAAGAGGAAGCCAGUGCUCGUCCUCUGAUCAGUGAUGUGGUUACUGCUCUCUAUUACAUAGCACAACAGGAGUAUGUUCCUGAGGCAAGUGAAACUAGUGAGCACUAUUCUUCUCGUUUUGAGAACCCCAGGAUUGCUGAUGCCAAUGAAGAAUCUUGAUCAGGCUCAAGCACCACUGGGGAUGAGCAAUGCAGAAGCUAUAAAUGGAACAAUGGAAGCUAUCUUUUACCGCUCUAACUUAAAGAAGCUUGUAUUUGAUGACUGCCUAAGGCAUCAAUUUAAUUUCAAAAGAAAUGCAGCUUCUGCCUACGUGCAGAACUUGUAUAGUA